AUGACCGGCUCAAUUCAACCAACUGUGACCCUUGCCCAGGGCAAGGUAAUUGGCACCCGUCAGGGAGAGACCGCCCCUCAAGCGAUCGACGCAUUUCUGGGCGUGCCGUAUGCUCUCCCACCAGUCGGCGACAGACGAUUCAAGCCCGCCGAGAAGGUGCCUCCCUCCACAAAAAGUAUCGAUGCCACCAAAUUUGGCGCCGCGGCCCCCGGGAAGGCGUUGCUGGCUGGCGGUCCCAAGCUGGAACAGAGCGAGGAUUGUCUGACUGCCAACAUUUUCCGACCGACCGGGACGAGCGAGAAAGAUCGGCUUCCUGUCGCCAUCUAUCUUCAUGGCGGUGCGUUCAAUCGGGGAGCGGCUGCGACGCAUGACACCGGGUCCAUGGUGGCAUGGUCGAAAGCUCCCUUCAUCGGCGUCAGUUUUGGGUAUCGCAUUGGAGCUCUCGGGUUCCUGCCGUCGACUUUGACGAAAAAGGAGGGUCUUUUGAAUCUCGGUCUUCGCGACCAGGUGGACCUGUUCGAAUGGGUUCAAGAAAACAUUGAACAGUUUGGAGGCGAUCCUGGAUGCGUCACCUUGUUUGGUCUGUCCGCUGGUGCCCACUCAAUCGGCCACCACCUGCUCAACUACGCUGAGAAGCCACUGUUCCACCGCGUGAUUCUGGAGUCCGGAUCCCCAACCUCACGCGCAGUUCGUCCCUACAACGCCAAAAUCCAUGAACAACAAUUUCAAGACUAUCUCAAAGAAGUCGGCUGCCCAUCCGAUCUCCCCGAAUCUAAGAUCUUCCCUUUCCUCCGCACCCUGCCAAGCUCGGUAGUCACCGAUGCGCAAACAAAGGUAUUCGACAAGUACAAUCCAUCUCUCCGCUGGGCAUUCCAGCCCGUCAUCGACGACGAUCUCAUCUCCCGCAAACCUCUGGACGCCUGGAACUCGAAGGUCUGGAACAAAGUUCCUAUAAUGACCGGUUUCAACAGUAACGAAGGAACAAUGUACGUAGACAAGAAAAUGUCCCGUCCAGAGCAAUUCCGAAGUUUCUGGAAGGGCCUACUCCCUGAGCUCUCGGAGGAAGACCUCGAUACUAUCGACUGCCUAUACCCGGACCCAAGUACGUGUCCCGAUUCACCGUACAUCGAAACAAGGAAGGGCCUUGGCCUUGGACCACAAUAUAAGCGAAUCGAAGCUGCAUACGGACAUUAUGCGUACGUUGCACCUGUCCGUCAGACCGCGUAUUUCGCCGCAUUACAAGGCACGCCUGUUUAUCUGUACAACUGGGCACUACCUCGAACUGUGGUUGGUCGUGCGAACCACGGUGACAACAUGUACUAUGAAACCUUCAAUAGCGACAUCACCGGACUUUCCGAGUCUCAGAAGGAGCUGUCUGGCGCGCUGCAUGCUUAUGUGACCGGCUUCAUCACCUCUGGUGACCCCAAUGCCUUUCGGGGUCAGAAUGGGCAGUUGCCUGAGUGGAAACCUUAUGUGCCAGAUAACGCCGAGAUUAUGAUCUUCGGAGAGGGCAACGAGGAGCUCAUUGGAGGAUCGACUGCCCCUGCGGCCAAGUUUGUGAAGGAUGAGUGGGCCAAGGAAGAGACGAAGUUUUGGUGGUCGAAGGUUCCGAUAUCGCAACUGGCCUAG